CCCAUAAAGCCCUAUUGUCUGUAUGGCGACCUGCUAGCUCGCAGUCGGGCAUUCCUGUGCGUGGAAAUUACCAAGUCACGGGCAGACGCCGGUGUGCGACCCGCGCGUCUCUGCAGGGGGACCGAUACAUUUUUCUAUAUGGCCUCGGAAGGAUUUUAAUUUUUUUGUCUCUCCGUACUGGUCCUUUCCACACGCAAGUUAUCAAGUCGCACAGAGCAUUUAAGACUUUGCACCGUCCGUCUCUCGGCACGAUUCAAGCCGGGUCUGGUGCUGAAUUCACCAUGGAUAUGAUCUGCUUUUGGCACCUGCCCUUUCUCCUUGUUCUACUCUUCACACAACUCGCACCUGCACUUGGUGGCAAGUGUCCAGAAGGUUGCUUCUGCUCUGACUCAAUCUUCUGCACCCAGCGCCAGUCCUCCUCUGUGCCUCAGGAUCUGCCUACCACCACCAAGCACCUCUACCUCUUCAGGAAUGGCAUUGAAGCCCUGAGCCCGAAGGAAUUCUCAGGACUGACCCAGCUGGUCAUGCUUGACCUGAGUCAGAACAAGCUUUCUGAGCUACCAGAUCAAGCAUUCAAGCCACUGGCUAGCCUGCGCAAUCUGGAUCUCUCCUCCAACCAGAUCACCCACAUCACCCAAGAUAGCUUCUCGGGGCUGGUCCUGCUGGAGCGGCUAUACCUCUACAGCAACCGCAUUCAGAGCAUCCACCCUGCAGCAUUCCAGGACCUAGAACAGCUGCUGGAACUGAAGCUUCAGGAGAACCUGCUGACCUCAGUGCCUGAGCUGCGGCUGCCUAUGCUGCUUCUGCUGGACCUGAGCUUCAACCACAUUCCGCUGGGGGCCACUCAUCUCAACACGCCGCACCUGGAGUCUCUGAAACUUGCCGGAAUGGGUCUAAGUAGCCUGGACAAGGAGUUCCUUGGAGGCCUGACUAACUUGCGUGAGCUGGACUUGUCCAAAAACCAGCUGAGCACCGUGCCCCAGGCUGUAAGUGCAGCCCGAGACCUGACAGGACUCAGCCUAGCCUCCAACCCCCUGACUCAGCUGUUGCGAGAAGACCUCCAAGAGCUGAAUGCCCUCAAAGAAUUAGAUGUCAGUGGCCUCAAGCUGCAGGGAUUUCCUCAGGGUUUCCCAGAGCUAUUCCCCCACCUGGUGCAGCUGACUGCAGCUGAGAACCCCUUCAACUGCGUUUGCAGCCUAUCCUGGUUGCCUGGCUGGCUGAAAGCCCAGGACGUCAUCCUGAAACACCCAGGGGAGACACGCUGCCACUUCCCGCCGCGAAACGCCGGCAAGGAGCUGCACCGGCUGGAGCACACGGAUUUCGGUUGUCCCGUCACCACCCCUGCAGCCUCCGUCACUAGCAGCACCUCCGAGGUCCUGCCCUCCACCUCUCAGCCCGUCACGAUGCCUGCCAUUCCCCUUGCUGGUCUGACCAAUGGCCCCUUCACCGAGAAGGACAACAAAGCCCUGUCCUCAGCUGAGACGUCAUCAAGCAAAGACAUGGUGGAGACCACUGAUGAGCCUCUGUGCUCUGAUGGUGACAUCUGUAGGGUGGACCAGCAGUCAAGCCUGGAGUGUGACUGCCCACCAGGGGCCUUGGGGCCCUGCUGCAUGAACGAGGAGGCCCUGCCUGCCCCGGAAGAGACUACAGCUAACCCCGAGCCUGACGUUAUCCCGCGGGAGGUAACCGCCACCACGAUCCAACUAGACCUCCAACGUUACGUGGCGAUGCGGCCCUACAUCCAGGGCGUCCGCAUCACCUACCGUAACCUCUCUGGGCCGGACCGGCGGCCCGUGCAGCUGAACUUCCCUACCUCCUAUUUGAAGUACACCCUGCGUGGGCUGAGGCCCAACUCCACAUACUCCAUAUGCGUCAGUCCCCACGGGGAGCCCAGCGAAGGGGAUGCAAGGUCGUGUACAGAAGCCUGCACCAGCGGUGCCCCCCAGUCCGUGCUCUCUGAGCAGCAGGCAGAGAAGGGCCAUUUGACCACCGUCCUUGGUGCCACGCUGGCUGCUCUGCUCGUCUUGCUGCUGGUGGCAGUCAUCGCUGGGACCAUUUGCCACUUGCAGAGGAGAAGGGGUAAGGGACAAGGGGACCCUGAUUUAGGCGAGUCCCUUCCCCUGGAGCUGGGGGGAGUGAAGGCCUGUGUUGACAAUGGAGAACUGCUGCAGAAGCAGCCUGAGAACUCAGCCUCCCUUGGCCCCAGUAUCAGGGAUUACGAGGGUCCCCUUUCACUGGGACAAUGCCCAGGUAACAACAACACUGCCACGUUGAAGCCUUCUUACUUCUGACCUCUGACAUGUCAGUCAGUCCUCCCUCCUCUGGGUGGCACCAGUCAAUGACUGAAAAUCUAAAAGAUAUAUACAAUCGAGCUCAGAUGCAUUGAAGUGCAAUUUUUAAUGCCUCCUAAAAUGCAAAUUUGAAGUGCCUUCAUUUGGUUUUUUAUUUUUGUAUUGCUCUUUGUAUGUAAACUCGAUUGUUUGCAAUCAGAUGCUGGACUACAAUGGGUUGGCACAUUGUUUUUGGACACAUGCCUAGGCCUGCACUUGCCUUUGACAGGGGUCAGAGGGCACUGGGAAGCUGGAGAUGCAGUUGCAUGAACGCGAGAGUGUUUCUCCCUGCAGUCUGUUCCCGCCUGCUCCACUGGGGGGGCCUCACAGUGAAGCGGGGCACGCUCCCCUCCCGCCGGGCCCGACUCAGCGAUGCCGAGACAGGGACGUUGCUUUAUCAAGAGGAGUGGAGCUGCCAGAAAAGUCAGAGGAACCGAACAAAGACAGGGGGGAGCUGACUUAUCGCACAAUUUGUUUUGGCUGUGGCGCCAUGUUCCUCCCCAAAGGCCCGGGUUUGCAUUUCUGUUGCUGUUGUUCCGAUGAAAUCGCAGCAACCCCCACCUUCCCCCCAAAACCCCCGCUGACUAUUUAGGAAACAACGUGGCCUUUCAUCCUCGAACAUGAAGAUACUGUUGCUCUUUGGAAGCUUUAAUACAUGUAGUCCAGACUGUAACUGUAACGUCGUGCCUAUUCCUCAUUCUAUGAUUGCUUCUUGAAGACCAGUUUUAAUUACUUCCAGAAUGUUCCAGCCAAACUCGAGGCCAGUCUCCUUCCACCACUUGUUUGAUUAACAGAUGGAGACACAUGGCAGGAACCUCAGUUGAGGCCUGGACUUCGCAUGACCCUGCAUGUUAGCUGCGAGAUGCCUUUUGCUGAUAUGCCUCCCGGCAAAUUUCAGUUAUACUUCGGCUCUUGCCUGUCCGCAGCCAACCAGACUGUGAAAUGUUCAGACACAGAGCUAAGUGCGCUUCCUGUCUGUAAAGUCAGACUUGGAUGUUGUGUAGGAUGUUGGAAUAAUCAAGCAUAUACCCACACUGACACAAACACCCACAUGUAGAUGGACAGGAAUAUAUACAUGCAUAUUGUUUCAGCUGCAGCAGAGAAGAAAGAUUUCUUAUAAGGCUUGUUACUGGUACUAUUACAUUUAAACAUCUUAAAGUGUGUCCCUAAAGUAGGUCAUUAUUCCACAGGAGGCACUUCAGGAUGGGAAGAAUAUCCAUUGUCUCUUUGCCAUUUUCUGUUAAUAUAUUUUCUCUUCGGCCAUUUCACAAACACCUUUAUCCAGAGUUGGAUAAAAAAAACACCUCUAAUGCCCGUUAGACAGCUGGAUAUGUGUCUUGUUCUAGAGCACAAGAGUACGACCCUUCCUGAGAUCUAAAGUUCUGGUCCAUUGGAGAUCAAGAUCUCAGGACUGCUAAGGCCAUAAGAUAGUCGACAGUAGAACAGUCAGAGCAUUCAGGAAGCUUUCGCUGUAUUCACAAUGCGUGUUACAGUCACAGUGCUGUGCAAAAGUCUUAGGCAGCCAAAGAAAAUGAUGUUAAAAUGAUCUCCAUCUUAGUGUAAACGUACGAGAGCAUGUCUGCCGAAGUGUGUUAGCAUAGCCACUGGAAAACCUUUCCUAGUCAGCCCCAUUUGUAGCGACAAUCCAAUACAUCCAUGUGUUUUUUCACUCGACCACUGGCACACACCCUCAUCAAGUUAAAUUUAAACUUCAGCAACACAUGGAAUGGGUGGGGUGGCCCUGAGGAGAGGUUUGGGAACUGAAACGGUGUUCAUCUAGCCGUCCAACUAGAUAUCAGUAACUUUUUGGAAAACAGAAGAAAAUCUUGUCAGUUUUUAUUGGUACUCAUAAUUUGCAUAUAUUCAAAUGUGUUUUUUUCCUGGCCAAAUAUGCACAUACUGCCCAGGGAAAUAGCUUUAAAUAUUUUCUUUGACUGCCUAAGCCUUCUACACAGUACUGUAAAUGUGGCACAUCUGAUAGCGCCAUGUAUCACUGAGCCAAAUGAAUCCCUUUGCCGUCUUAUUAGCCAUGAGAAAGAGCUUGCAAAAGUCACUGACAGCGGGCAGAUGAUGUCUGACACAACCUGAAGGGGGGCAUUUUCAGGGCCUUUUCCUGGAACAGAUCCCCACUGAGUUCUGCUGGUGGUUAGGCCUCUAAUCACAAAGCAGUUUCUUUGACUGGCGUUUUGAAGGACCAUGCAAAGUUUCACACCACUGUGUGUUGGCCGUCCGGUUUUGCCUCUUUCGUUUGUCUCUCUUAGACAAUCACAGCAAAGCAAACCCCUAAAAAUGAUCACAGGUACUAAGCAGCAGAGCCAAACGCUGAACUGGAAUUGAUGGCUUCAUGCAAAUCAAUGGACUGAAAAUAUUUUAAAUAUUUUCAAUAUGAUUUAAUUUUCCCUUUUUUUUUAGGGAAUCUGUCUUUCUGUCUCACUUGUUUUGCUUUUUCAAUGUGUACUUAUUUGUAUAAAAA